AUGGAGCAGGUCCGCUUUCAGCACAAGCGCUUCCUCCACCGUGAGCGAGGGCCAACGGGAGCCGCGGCCCUCCACUCCAGCCUCUUCCCACUGGCUCCUGUUCCUGCAGUUGAUGUUGGGAUGUCUCUUCCUCCUCCAACUCCCAUCUACACCCUGAGGGGCGCUGGGGGGCCCCUCAACACGCUCCACUUCCACUGCAGCCAAGGAACCACUCCUCUGCUCUAUUCUGGUUCUGGGAAGGGUUCUAUCCACAUUUGGAAUUUAAAAACACGACGGCCUGAAAAGGUCAUAGAAGGACACUCGGGGAACUCUGUGAUAUGGGUCGACACCGUUCAGUCAGGACAAAAGCUUAUCAGCCAGGGACGAGACAUGCGGAUCUGCCUCUGGGAUCUCGCAGAAGGCCGCGGCGAGGUUGUGGACUCAAUUUGGACCGGCAGUGUGGGAUUUUGUCAGAGUGCAAUUUUGGAGAUCAGUUCUGGAAAGUGGCUUCUGGCUUUUCCAGGAGAACAAACUGAAGAGAUCAAGAUCGUUGAGCUUCCCAGUAAAGCACCUGUCUGCACUUUGGUCCCAGACUCAAAGCUGGGCAUGGUCAUGUGCAUCAAACUGUGGCAGCCGGAUUCCGGAUGUGGCCCUCUGUUGCUGGCGGGAUACGAGGACGGGUCCCUCCUGCUGUGGGAUGUAACUCACAUCUCAAUCUUGAGCCAAGUCCAAACUCAUCCUGAGCCCCUGAUGUGCCUGGCCUUUGACCCCACCCGUCUAAAGGGCAUUUCAGGCUCGUCAGACUCCAAGCUCUCCUCCUGGAUUGUGGACAGUCAAAACAAAAUUCAGCUCCAGGACUCGGUGACGCUGGUUAACCCAGGAGUGGCCCAGAUGUGUGUCCGCGACGACAGCCUGCUCCUGGCCUCCGCGGGGUGGGACCAUCGCGUGCGGCUGUUCGGCUGGAAGAGGCUGAAGCCGCUGGCCGUGCUGCAGUACCACACAGACAUGGUGCUAAGUGUGGCCUUUUCAAAUCACUCGGACUCAAAGCAAAGACUUCUGGCCGCGGGAUCCAAGGACCAGCGCAUCAGCCUGUGGUCUGUAUACAAUCACCGACCUGAGGAGGCGCUAUGA